GUGGGCGUGCACAGACAGGAGAGAGCAACAGGCACCGAGGAAGGAGGUGCGCUGCCGGAAGCUCGCUCGUGAUGCAGAGAAAUGUGCGAUGACAGCUGGCCCGGUACAAGGGGAUAACUUGGAGCUGGGAUCGGGGUUCACUGCUGCUUCUCUUUUUAGAAAUGGAUGAAAUCAAGUUGAAAUUCAAGCAUAUAACUCCUGUAACUUUGCAUAUUGGUGCAGAGAUUGCCUCCUCUUGCUUUUACACAUCCACUGCUGAGAGCUUUGAUGCCAGGAUUGCCAAUCUUGUGGAAGUAUUUCUAUUGGAGAUUUAUAGGUGUAAAUUGUGCCAGUUUACCAGCAGCCUAAAAACCAAAAUCUGCCAUCAUGUGUUGGAUGUUCACCAGCUAGAUCAAACGCCUCUUAUCCCGGAAAGCACAGACCAAGAAGAAAAUGAUUCCUUUAGCAUUGGGGAGGAAAUGGCACAGGAAAACAAAGAAAACGAAGAAAACCUUGAAAAAAUGCCUUUCCUGUAUAGGAUGCUAAACACAAUGAGCCCCGCAUCAUGUGAUAUGAGCCUCGGGGACCAAAGUGCUAACACAAAUCUAGCCAGUGCAAGUGAAGUCAAUUCAUUAUUUGAAGGAGAACAGUCCGACUUCCAGCUGGACGAGUCUGUUCCCAGUGACUCGGUUCCUCCAUCGAGUAGUGCGAAUUCACCCAAAAUCAAAGAUGAAGACGAUGCACAGUGUGAGCACCUCUUAUCUCUUGGUCUUUAUCGGAUAUCUAGCUUACGGCCCAUUCCUUCAUCAGCAGAGGUAAAGGUCUCCAAAAGCAGCACGGCUGAUGAAUGCGUCAGGAUAGAAAGCGGGCAUACGAAAGAAGCGGAUCUACCAUCGCAGAUUGGUGGGCAGGUCAGUGAGGAUGAGGCUAAGAAACCAAACUACGUAUGUUGUUCUUGUCAGCUUCAACUGGAAACAAAAGACACUUACAAAAUACAUAUGCAGUGCCACAAACCUGGUGGUGGCUUCAAGUGUGUGCAUUGUGGCUGUCUCCUGACUGAAUGGAGUCUGAUGGACAAACACAUCCAAAGCCACCAUCUAGUAAGAAAGAGCUAUCAGUGUCAGGUGUGUGAGAGAAGGUUCAUGACGCAGAGUGCAUGGAAAAGCCACAUGAAAGGACAUGACAAGAAGAGUGAAGUGUUCCUGUGCACCAAAUGUCCUUUAUCAUUUGACAGUGACAAUGUCCGAAACUUGCACGUCGCUUGCCAUCAUGAUGACAUCUUCAAAUGUUGCCAUUGUGGACUAGUGGAGCCUGAAUGGAAUAAGGUCUAUGAACAUUUGGGUAAUCAUGAUGACACGUUGAAGACAUUCAUAUGUAGCACAUGCAACCAAAGAUUCUUUAAAGAAGUGCAGCUGAAGGCCCACUCAUCAAAGCACAGAAAACAUCGACUUUUCCAGUGUUCGUUAUGUGAUCAAAGAUUCAAGAGCAUUCGUCAAAUGAACAGACACAAGAAACGGUUUCAUCAUAAAGAAAAUAAUGGAGAUUGUAACAAUGGGAAGGUGAAAUCGGGAAGCCACAACAGCACAUUUGUUCCAGAGAAAUCAGUCAAUCCACAAAUCAUUCCCAAACGAGAAUUUGCCUGUGACAUCUGUGAAAGGAAGUGUUCAUCUAAAUUGGCUCUGCAGCGACACAUGGGAGUGCAUGCUGGAGAAAAACCAUUUGAAUGCCAGCACUGUGAAUAUAAAACCAGGCUGAAAGCUUCCCUGACGCAGCACAUGAGAAUUCACACGGGUGAAAAGCCUUUUAAAUGUGAGUUAUGUACUUAUGCCUCUAUAGAUUGCAGUUCUCUGCGUAGACACAUCAGGACUCACACACACGAGAAGCCUUACAAGUGCCCACACUGUUCUUAUAGCUGUAUUCAGAAGAAAAGUCUUGACUUGCACAUACGUCGCCACCACACCAGGGAGAUGUUCAAGUGUAGCUAUUGCCAGUAUUCUUCUCCAGACAAGCAGUUACUUCAUAAGCACACAAAGAAACAUCAUCUUAAUGAAAAUUCACAGCCUUUAGACUCCGCUUCCUAGAAGAUGACAUAUGGCCAGCAAAUGAUCAUUACAUGAACUUACUUGAACUACAUCAUGUUUUAGUCAACAGGGUUAUAAAUAUGUCCUCUGGAUUGAGCAGCACUGUAUAAUGAGUCUUGCUUGCUUUUCCUGUAGGAUAGAAUCAUGCAUAUUGGCUGUUUUUGCUCAGUUUCAGCUUGAGAUGCAAAACUAAUUGAAGCCUUGACUGUUAAUUUUUUUUUUAUUAUUAAUUAAGCAAACAGAUCUUUAUAAUUAAAUUAAUUGGUGUACACAUUUAGAGUUCCAGCAUUUCUUAGCAAUGCAAAAAUUUGACAUUAAAUUGUAGAAAGUGGUUUAAUAGUCUUAUGACAUGGAUCAAGAUACAUACAGCACAUGCAAAUGUUUCCUAUUUUGUUAUAUUAAAUUAAAGGCCAAAAUAACAUUUUGUGCUUUUGGUAACCUUGCAAACGAACAUGGGGAUUAGCAACCAUCUGGUAUCUCAGGUAGCUAGAGAGAGAUUUGUUUGCAGAUUUUUCUCUUUGUCAUUAGAUUGCAUCCAAGGGUCAGCUUGCCCAGUCUUCCUAUUUGUACUUUUCAAAAAUUGCUAAAUGUAGUAUGUUCAGAAAUUACAGUAAAUGUAGUAUGACCAACAAUCACA